AUGUUAACACGCUCGGUUUCUUUAAAACCAUCAUUGACUUCAUUAUCACUACGUGAAGAUGCAGAACAAAUAACAAUGGAUAUUGAAUCUUAUCGACAAGUAAUGAAAGAUAUUAUGAUUGUGAAAACAAUUCUUCAUCAACUUGAUCGAUUAUUAAAACAUUCAAAUGGAAAUAACAUGACAGAUUCAAUGAUUGAUUCAUUUCAUGAGUCUAUGAUUAGUUCAAGACGUUAUUCAUCAAGUAUCAAUGAUGGUAACCUGCGAAAUUCAAUUGAUGAAAAUCUUUUUUAUGAUGAUUUAGUUAAAAAAAUAAUAAUAUUACGUAAAGAAAGAGAACAAGAUAAACAAACAAUUAAAUUAUUACAAGAACAAAUAUAUAUAUAUUCUAGUCAAACACCAUCAACAUUCCAAUUUUAA